AUGGCUUCAUCACGUGGACGAGAACGUCUGAAAGAACGUCAGACGAAUGCCAAGUACUUCGUCUUUGGCUCAAGCACUCCACGGGAUCUUAGCUAUAUGAACAAGAUUCCACCAAAAUUCCGGAGCUAUGAUGCCAAAGUUCGUGCUCAUCGAGAAGGACCUGGGCUGAAGGAGUACAUGGAGAAGGCCCGGUCACUAACUAGGGACAGUUCGUCAGAAUCUCGUAAUUGGGCAUUUGGUUCAUCGACACCACGCGAUCUUGCACAUAUGACAGCUAUUUCAUCGGCACAACGAGUCUACGAUGCAAAAUCGCCCAAGAAAAGCGUUACGUCACCGGAAUUUGUUGCCACACCUGUGCAUAAACGAAGCACAACUGGUGAGUACGGUAUUUCCCUCUUAGGUAUAAACUUCGCUCUUUUUCUUCGUUUUAUCGGUUUCCUCUGA